AUGGCAACAAGUCUGUGUAACAGUCAGUCACUCACCAUGUUGACACUGCAUGUCCUUGACAAGUGACUGCCGUGGCAAGCCCUGGUUUGCACAAUAAGCAAUGAUUACUUUGCACGAUUCCUCCCACUGAAUGCCUGUAAACCGCCAGCAAUCAUUACCGAAUCAGACCAUCCGAGACACAUUUACUUGGAAAACAGCUCAUUUAGAAAUGACAACCUUUUUUGUUCUGGCAUUCCUCCUCAUGGCGUUCUCCUGCCAUGGGAGUCUUGCCUGUCCUGAAUUCUGCAAGUGCAGCUCUGGAGGAUCAGAGGUUGUUUGCAGUGAGGUUCCUCUGGCUACGUUUCCCUCUGACGAUCUCCCAAACAGCACCACCAUCCUGACAAUUCAGCUGACAAACAUCACGUCCAUCACAGAAGAGCAUCUCAAAGUGACACCACUGCUGCAAGAACUCCACCUGUAUGGAAACCAGCUGCAGAGCCUUUCACCGCAUCUUCUCCGAGCUCUUCCUCAUCUUCUCAAUUUGGAUCUGACUGAAAACAAGCUGAGGCAUCUGCCUGCAAAUGUUUUCAGCCACGCUCCACUUCGUGGUUUGGUGCUGAAGAAUAACCUCAUUGAAGAAGCUCGUGGAGACUGGUUGCGAAGUCUGACUUGGUUGGACUUAUCUGGAAACCUUUUGACAAGAAUCCCAACGGCUUUGCUCCAGAGGCUACCUAACCUGGAAAACCUUGAUUUGUCCAACAACCAUCUAGAGGAGAUACCGGUACAUUCUCUGGAUGGGCUGGCUAAACUCGAGAGGUUGAACCUUCAGGACAACAAGCUGCACAGCUUAGAUGCAUCUUCAUUUCAGAGCAUGCCUAGCUUAACUGUUUUGUUCCUCGCUCGCAACAAGCUCAGCCACCUCCCGGGGAACCUCUUCCAUGGUCUCAGUCUGAUCACACACCUGAGUCUGUAUGGCAAUCAGCUGAGCCGAAUCCCUGUGGGGUUGUUUGACCCGCUGGCCUCUUUGGAAGAGAGGAGCCUGGACCUGACUGGGAAUCCUCUGGUGUGUGAGGGGAAAACAGAGUACCUGUGUAGGUGGUAUGAGAAGAACAAGAGAGUUUUUCUGUCAGACAGCCUUAGCACCUGCAGGUGCCCUGUGUGAGUCUUUAAAGUUGGUGAUGUUACUAUCUGGAAGGGAACUGGGCCUUUAGUUGAAAUGUCUUAGAAACCAGGUAAAAAGUUCUGUAAAAAAUGUUAUUAAUUCAAAUGUUUAAAAUUACAAUUCCUCUUUCCAUCAUGGACACAACAGGUGUCUCCUAUAGAUCUCAGACUUUGAGUUGCAGUUUUUUUCCACCUUUCAAACUAAAAAAAUUGUAGCUUUUCUUUUUUUUCUUAUUUCUUACAGAUAUAGUACCAUCAAGUGACAUUUAAUGUUGAGUGGAUUGUAUUAGUUGAUUUUGUUUUUAUGUACAGCACCUUGAGCUGUCGUUGCUGUCACGAAAGGUGCUAUAUAAAUAAAAUUAAUUUGAAUUUGAAUUAGUAGUUACAAAUCAGAGGAAUCAAAGCUUGAAUGCUUCAGAUGAGUAAAAAAGUGCAUUAAAAAUGGUUGAUCUUGCCAGUUAA